GCCCUCGGGUCUCUUUUUUCUCUUCUUCCUACUUCUUCUACUCACUCGACUUGGUUAACCAACAACAUCAUCAACUUCAACCAUGGCAGCAUCAAUUGAUCCGAACCGAAAACUUGUGGCUCCAGAAUUCGAUUUGAAUGAAGAUCAGCUCGCUGUCUUUACUGCAACCAUGGACACAUUUAUUGCAAAGCUGAAUGACAAGGAAGUCCAAGAACUGACCGAGCAACUUUGUGGCCAACCCAACAGUAUUCACACGGCCGAGGAAAUUAAGGAAUUUGCCCAGCACUCCAACUCGUCGCUCAACAACUGGCCGAUUGUGAAAGCCUUUUUAAACCGUGCCCUGGCAGCCGACAAACGUCAAGAAUUGGCCAUGAUAUUGACUCUGUUGUCCUUGCGCCCCGGUUCGUUCUUGCUGACCGGCCACUACCAACGUUUCCAGGACUUGACGCGCCAAGAACGCGAGCAGGUCGUCUUGAAGUGGAAGAACUCGUACAUUCCUCAGCUUCGUUUAUUGUACAAGAUGUUCUUUUCAACCACUUGCCAUCCAACCUAUGGUGCCAGGGACAGCGGCUUGCAUCGGGGCAUGCAGUAUCCAGGCACAGGCGUCGCCGAGCCCGAGGAUAAACCUGCUCCCAAGGAACGCUUCUCAUUGCUCAACUAUGACGAUUUGGUGCCCCAAGUCAAAUUUGAUGCUAUCGUCAUUGGCAGCGGUGCUGGCGGUGGUGUCACCGCUUCUGAGCUUGCCAAAGCGGGUAAAUCUGUCUUGGUUAUUGACAAGGGCAAGUACUACCACGAGGACGACAUGGAGUUGCUCGAGUCCACUGGAUUUGCAAAUAUGUACGAGUACGGAGGGUUCUUCUCUUCCUAUGAAGGCUCUAUGAAUAUCUUGGCCGGUAGUGUGUUUGGCGGUGGUACCACGGUCAACUGGUCGGCUUCUCUCAAGCUUCAACAUUUUGUCCGCGAGGAAUGGGCCAGACAAGGCUUGACGCAUUUCAUUUCCCCAAAGUUCGCACGUGAUUUGGAUCGUGUCUUUGAGCGUAUCGGUGCAAGCACGGCUGGUAUCAAGCACAAUGGAGCCAACUCACUCCUUAUUAAAGGAUGCCAGGAACUUGGUUAUCAUUCUGCUGACUUGCACCAAAACACUGACGGCAAAUCUCACGAAUGCAACUUUUGCUUUACUGGAUGCAAGGAUGGUAUCAAGAACGGCACAAUGAACUCGUGGCUCCGCGAUGCCAAGGAUCAUGGCGCCAAAUUUUUGGAUCGCUCCAAGGUCACACGCGUUCUGAUCGAGAAGGGACGCGCUGUGGGAGUUGAAGUCAUUGUCCACUAUGACAAGAAGGUCACCAUCCGCGCCGACCAGGUCGUUGUCGCCGCCAGCUCGCUGCACACACCUGGCAUUUUGCAGCGCUCUGGCUUGACCAACAAGAACAUUGGCCAGAACUUGCGUCUGCAUCCAUGCAGCAUUUCGUUUGGUUUCUUUGACGAAAACGUCGACUGCUUUAAAGGUUCAAUCAUGACAGCUGUCAGCAAUGUUGCCGAAAAUGUCGAUAGUGAAGGCUACGGUGCCAAGAUUGAAGUACCUUGCCUGCAUCCUGGCAGUUACUCGACCGUCCUGCCCUGGCGCGGUGCUGCUCACCACAAGUCAUUGAUGCUGCGCUACCGCAAGUGCGCACCCAUGUUGAUCUUGUCGCGUGACAAAGACUCCAAGGGCGUGGUUCGCUCCGACGCGAACGGCAACAUGGUCGUCGACUUUGAACUCUCGAAUCAUGACCGUCAGUCGAUUCUGGAAGGCAUCGAGCGAUCGCUCAAGAUCUUGUGCGCCGCUGGUGCACGUGAACUGCACACGGGACAGUUUGGCGUCGAUCCUUUCGCGUUUCAGGCUGGCGAAGAAUCGCGUGUCGACAACCCGCGGUUCGUGGAAUGGCUGGACAAGGUGCGCAAGUACGGUUUGCCUCAGGAUGGUGCAGGUAUCUUUUGCGCUCACCAAAUGGGUACGUGUCGCAUGGGGGUGUCGCCCAAGAUGUCUGUCGUUAAGCCCACGGGCGAAACGUGGGAAGUCAAGAACCUCUUUGUUUCUGACGCUUCCUUGUUCCCCACCGCCUCCGGUGUCAACCCCAUGGUGACCACUGAAGCUUUGGCUCUUCAUGUUGCCGACAGCAUCAUCAAACAGUCUGCUGGCACAUCGGCAUCCAAGCUCUAGAUUAGAACCAUAAUAAGUAUUAAUCAUGCAUACCCCUACUUGUUCCCGACCCUUUCGCUUCCUUGUUCCAAUGCUUGUACUAUUAUAUCACAUACUACUGAUACACCCCCCCCCCUUUGCUUUUUUGUGCACGUGUUUUCUU